CACGAGGUGAUCCCGCGCAAAUUAACUCCGCGCACGCGCGCAACCGAAAGUUUGAAAUAGUUCCUCGUGACGUGAUAGGAGUAUCACAGGAAUGAUUUUGCCGUUUGUUGACUACAUACUUCACCUCAUUGAAGAGUUGCGGAAACCUGCUGCUUCCUUCGCGCGUCAAAUAUCGAUACUCUCACGGCGCGCAAUAUGGAUGCCGCCAACAGAGGCAUAUAAGUUGGAUUGGAGAACCAGACAGCCCCUCUCUGCCAACACAUCGUCGCCCUGCCUCUUGGCAUAUCUUCACUUUGUUUAUCUUUUACCGUGAAUACUGGCUUCAUACAUAAGAACGUAGAUGGCGCGAUGCUCCAGCUGUAAGCGUCGAAGAAAGUUUUGCGGGGGUCAGACCCACCGCGGUAAGUGCGCCGAAUGCGCACGACUGGAUCUCGCUUGUGUCUUUUUGGAAAAAACGAAUGGCGCACGGGCUCAAGGCAACCUACAGGCUCGACGACCAAGAACUCACUUCUCGAAUUCUCUCGGAUUAUCUGUGGAUCGCAGGUCGACCCAGACUGUCGCUUUGGAAGGGCAACAAAUGGCGCCGGCUGCUGUCGGUGUACCAUGGGAUGUUGGAACGAGUGCCCCUGCAUGCACUCCCCCUCACCAGACGUACGCCGACUUGAAUAUGCAACCUGUCCCGGUGACAGGAGUGGAACCUUUUCUAUCGGGUCUAGAAUCUUGGGGCCAUCCAUAUCAACCAAACGGCAAGGGCAGAACUGAUCCCAUUUCAACCAGGCUCAAUCCAGGACAGGGGCUGGAAUGGUCGGAGUCAACGGUGAAUAUGGCUGCGGAAGCCCGCGGCUCUUUGCCCAGUUCUGUCGAACUCCGUCGAAGCCAAGGCCACAUGAAUCAUAAUUUACAGGAGAUAGGUCCCUCUCCCGUGGCGAGUCUGGGACCUGUAGCCCCUUGGGAUAUUCAAAAUGCGGCCGGCUCCGGAUAUGGCUUUACGGCCCCCCAACAAGAACAGCCCGCAAGGCAACAUCGCCCUCUGGCCAAUCCUCAUACAGUAGACGAUCCAUCGGCAGAUCUGGCUCGGUUCCAACGACAUAUUAUAUUUGCCGUUCCCGGGGUGUUCCGCCUGGUUUUCGAACUUGAGCGUAAUGGACAAGGUGGCGAAAACCUUGAUGAUCUAGUCAACCAUGAGAGCACCACUAAUACUGUUGAAAUGAACACUGCGAUGUUUGACCAGCCUCGAUUCUGAGUUGGGAGGUUCAGAAGCUGGAGACCUGGUGACAAGUGCUGGCCUGGACGGCGGUUGUCUUCCCGUGUCUCCUUGUACUUACUUUUUCUGCUGGAGCGGCCACUCUCUUGGCCAAUGCGUUAGCGCCUUUCUGCCGUUUUAGCUGUAUACCAUGCUAAUAGAUUGGCGUUGUU